AUGGGAUACAUACAUACAUUGCCGAGUACACGAGAGAAUGUUGGAGUAUUUGUUCAAAGAGGUCAUGGUGGACCUCUUUCUGUGGUCGGGUAUAGUGAAAUGGAUGUGGCUAUGGCUACUGAAAUUAAUCAAUCAAUAGGAUGCCUUCGUGUUUGUUGGAGCAAUGUAUUCUUGCAUAUGUUCAGUUUGGAAUUUCUGAAUCAAGUUGCAAACAGCCUUGAAAAGGACAUCAUGUAUCAUCUUGCACACAAGACGAUACCUUCGUUUCAUGGGUAUACAAUGGGACUGAAGCUUGAGCAGUUCAUAUUCGAUGCAUUCAAUUACUCCCCAUCCAUGACACUUUUUGAGGUGCUACGUGAAGAGGAAUUUGCUCUAGUGAAGAACGUGAAUGGCUCAGCCUACGACACCCCAGAUUCGGCCACACUGAUGCUGCUCCGACUCUAUAGCAGAUGGGUAGUCGCUGCUCACUACUUCCUGACCCAUUAUGUGCCCUUGUACAUGACAUGCGUCGAGGUUUCUCCGCUCAGCUACUACGUCGGGGAAAACCUGGAGGCGAUCUGCCGUGGACGGACAUUCCACGCGCGAAUAGAUAAUUCUAUGUCGUACCUGUCAGGUUUACCUCAACCCAGUGUUAUUGAGUCUGCAUCCCUGCAAGAAUGA